AUGCUUCAAGAACAAAGUCGUAAGAGAGUAGCAAUAAUUGGAAGUGGAAGUGCUGGAAUGGGAGCAGCAUGGUUAUUAUCAGAGCACUCUCCACAUAACGUUACUCUUUACGAGCAAUAUGAUUAUUUGGGAGGUCAUACUCAUACAGUUGAUUUUACAGUUCCCCCAAAUUCAUCUUUUUUUCGGGAUGAUCAUCUUCCAAUUCCAAUAAAUCA